AUGAGCCUUUCAGCGCGUGUUCAUGGACUUCGCGGACCUCUCGCAAACGUCGGAGGGCUAUGCCUACCUGAUCUAUUGGUGGACCAACUGACGGGCAUGAUACUGCCCAAGCCUUUCGAUUCCAAGAGCAGCAGGAAGGUGAAGCGUUUUCUGCGGGAAGUGGUCCACUCGUGGGGUCAGCCUAAGACGUACACAGUGGACCAGGAUAUAAUCUUAGACCAUGGCAAUGGGGCGGCAGAGGCAGCCGUGAAGGUUUGGAUCCUUAAGUCCCUCACGGAGGACAUGCAAGGGGACUGGGUACAGGUUGCGUACCAGUUCCGGAACGCAUACAAUGCGCACAGACGGCCACGUUUACACGGGGGCACGCGCCACGGGCACCGUGAGUUUGCGCUGGACGAGCAGGUGAGGGUGCUGUUACAGCGGUCGGACACGGCGGCGGCAGUCAUCAUCGACGAUGUCACGCACGCAAAGGUCCAGUUAGCACAGGCAGCGCAGCUGAGGAGAGGUAAUGCGGUGCGUGAAGACGUGGUUGAGUUUGCUGAAGGAUGCUUGGUCUAA